CCAAGAACAGAAGCUGGAGGAAUGAGAUUGGGAUUUUCGAUCAAAAACCUCCUCUGUUCCGUUCGUACUGCUGAACGCUCUCUAUAUGUUCGUUUUCUUCGUUCAUAACAAACAGGAAACUUCCAUUUCCUCUCAUCUCUAAACAAAUAAAUGCUGCUGCCGCACAUACCAUCACCAUCUGCUUCCAAUUCUCCAUGGGAUUCAUCUCACAGAGGUCACUUCUUUACUCUUUCAUUUCUUCCCGCCAUGCCAUGGAUUCCGGCGCUGUUCUUCUCAAAGCUGCAAAACUAGCUAACCCUAGUUCAUUUCCAACGGCUGACUGUAUUUCAGGUGUUUGCUCGGGCAGUGCGGUGUCUUUCUGGGGUCCUACUGUUGCGUUCCCAACAAAAGCCCUUAGCUUCAAGGUUCAUCCAAGAAGAAGGCCAACAAUUUUUAGGGCUGUCUACUGUGCCAGUUACUAUGAGAAGCCAUCCUCCAAGGGCAGGAACCAAGAUGGGUAUCUCCAAAAUGUUGAUCUACCACCGGUAUUACCCAAGCAGAAGAAGAAACCCUUCCCUAUCCCUUUCAGAAAGAUCCAACAGGCUGCCAAGGAGGAUAGAAAGAUGGCACAAAUGGGGAUGGAGAAGCCACUCGAACCUCCCAAAAAUGGAUUACUCGUCCCGGAGUUGGUCCCCGUUGCAUACGAGCUGCUUGAUGCUUGGAAAGCACUGAUCAAAGGUGUUGCACAGCUCCUGCACGUCAUUCCUGUCUAUGGCUGCAGUGAAUGCUCAGAAGUCCACUUGGCUCACGCUGGCCAUCAGAUCAAGAACUGCCUGGGUCCUAUGAAUGCAACCCGCCGCAGCUUGCACUCAUGGGUUAGAGGUUCGAUCAACGACAUACUCAUCCCGAUUGAGUCAUACCAUCUCUACGACCCAUUUGGGCGGCGCAUCAAGCAUGAAACUCGGUUCGACUACGACAGGAUUCCAGCAAUUGUGGAACUCUGCAUCCAAGCUGGCGUAGAAAUACCAGAGUACCCUUCCAGGCGAAGAACGAAACCCAUCAGAAUGUUGGGUCGGAAAUUGCUCGACAGAGGUGGAUUCAUCGAGGAGCCCAUGCCAUGGCGCUCGGGAAACACAUCAUCAUCAUCAGCCCUCUCUGAUCUUGACACUUAUGGGGCCUUCGAACGAUACACUCAGCCCGACUUGCAUGACAUACCUCGAAUCGCGCAGGAAACAGUGGAAGCAUACGAGAAAGUGAGAUGGGGUGUUAGGAAGCUAAUGAAGAAGUACACGGUAAAGGCGUGUGGUUACUGCUCUGAGGUUCAUGUGGGACCAUGGGGUCACAAUGCAAAGCUUUGUGGAGAGUUCAAGCAUCAAUGGAGAGAUGGAAAGCACGGUUGGCAGGAUGCCACUGUGGAUGAAGUGUUCCCUCCCAAUCAUGUGUGGCAUGUUAGAGACCCCAAGGGAGCUCCUUUGAAGAGUGGCUUGAAGAGGUUUUACGGGAAGGCUCCAGCUGUGAUUGAGAUGUGCUUGCAGGCUGGAGCAGAUAUCCCUGACAAGUAUAAGCCUAUGAUGAGGCUUGAUAUCAUAAUCCCCGAAGACGAUGAAGCAACAUUAGUUGCAUAAUCUUGGUAUGUACAUACUAUUAGACUAUUAUUUGUGUAAAGUACUAGGAAUAGGGUGUAUCAACUAUCAAGUAAUCGUGCCGUCUGCUGUUUGUUAGAUCCAUACUUUCGUGUUGGUCAAGUAAAUAUCCAUCAGAAUCGAUUAAGAUGGAUCAAGGUAAAACCGAUCUAGUCUAUACUACCACGAGGUCAGCCAUGACAAGGUGUCACCAUACCCUACAAGCUACAACUCAUGGAUCCGUUGUAAUCGAAUGUGGUUAGGAGAAACUCUAUUCCAUAGUGGGAAUUACAAUUCAAACAAAUAACAGUACAGUGAUCUUCCCCUUUUCUGGUCUGAGGUCCUAAUUCAAACAAGCUACUGCUUUCAAGCACAUGGUCUUGGGUCUUGAACUCGAGCCUUUAAUUUGUUG